AUAGCUCAUGAAUCAAGUUCCGAGAAAAUUUUGGACAUCGAAAAACUGGUAAGCCAAUGAAUUAAUAAUACAUUGCUGAACUGCAUCCAACAAACUCUUUGCAUCUCUGACGUUUUUCCCCAACAUUUCAUCCAAAUAGUUCGUAGAAUAUGCAUAACGAAAAAAACCCUGGAACCUUACAUUUUGAUCUAAACACGGGAGCUAAGAUUCCAUCUGUUGGCCUUGGAACAUGGAAGGCUGGACCGGGUGUGGUCGGCCAAGCUGUCACCGCUGCUGUCAAGAAUGGCUACAGGCAUAUUGACUGUGCAUCAAUCUACGGAAACGAAAAAGAGGUAGGGGUGGCAUUGAAAGAGUUAUUUUCCACUGGGGUGGUGCAGCGUAGUGAACUCUUUAUCACAUCAAAGCUGUGGUGCAGCGACCAUGCCCCUGCGGAUGUCUCCAAGGCACUGAGCAAGACCUUAGAAGACCUGCAGCUUGACUACAUUGAUCUAUAUCUUAUACACUGGCCACUUCGUACAAAGCCAGGCUCAGAGGGUUUGGCUCCGGAAAACAUGGCUCCAUUGUGCCUUUCAGAGACAUGGAAUGCAAUGGAGGGCCUGUAUGCAUCUGGUCAGGCACGCGCGAUCGGGGUGAGCAACUUCUCGUCUAAGAAGCUGCAAGACCUCCUUGCUUAUGCAAAAGUUCCACCUGCAGUAAACCAAGUGGAGUGCCACCCUGUGUGGCAACAACCUGCUCUUCACAAUUUGUGCAAAUCUGCUGGUGUUCAUCUAUCGGCAUAUUCUCCUCUGGGUUCUCCAGGUUCGUGGGUGAAGGGGGAGGUCCUGAAGGAACCAAUAUUGAAUGAAAUCGCUGAAAAACUUAAGAAGUCGCCUGCGCAAGUAUGUCUUCGUUGGGGUAUUCAGAGUGGACAAAGUGUCCUUCCAAAGAGCGUAAAUGAAAAUAGGAUCAAGGAAAAUCUUAGUUUAUUUGACUGGUCUAUUCCCCCAGACCUCUUCUCAAAAAUUUCAGGCAUCCACCAGCAAAGGCUCCUCCGGGGUGAUUUUGCAAUCCACGAGACAGCUAGUCCUUAUAAAAGCCUUCAAGAACUGUGGGAUGGUGAAAUAUGAGACGAUGAUCAAGCCCUCUUUUAUUCAAUUUGAUUCAGAGAAGUUUGUCGAUUUUCAUGCGUUCUCUGCCACAUUUUAGAGGGAAGAAAUUGUAUUCUUGUGUUUUUAGCUUUCUUAAAUAGUAUGAAUGAACCUUGUAAGAUAACUGUCUGCUUUUAUAAUUCAAAUCAUUCACAUCAUAUUCCCA